AUGCCCCUACACGGCACAGGUAUUUUUACAAAUCCAUACGCAAUUGAAGUUCUCCAGAGCAAGAAAAAGGAACUGGUGGCAGGCAUUAUCAACACUGACGACCUUCUAGACUGGUUGAUUGAGAAUCGUGUCAUUUCACCAGAUAAAAGAAUUGCUGUGUUGAAUUACAGGACACGGGAGGAAAUGAACACCAGGGUCCUGGACAUGCUGGUUUCUUGUGGUGAGAGAGCCUGCAGACUGUUCUUCUAUCCUUGCCUCAAGCAUGUUGAACCAGCUCUCUACAACUACAUCAGAAGCUAUGUCAGUAAUGUGUCAAGCAGCUUUGGGGAUGCCAAGAGACAGCUUGUGGGUUAUCUUCUGGAGAGAGACAAAGAUGAAAUCCUUAAGAAUACGUCAAAAGAGGUUGAUCAGCCUGUGCAAAGCGUGACACCUAAAAAGGAGCCACAUCAGAAGCUACAGACUCAAACUCGACCAGUGCACAAUGAACUGGCUCAACUCUAUCAGAUUGUAGCAUCGGGAGAUCUAUCCAGUCUUGAUAAGGCUAUUGGACACAGUAAUAUUAAUGGCAUAAAUGUUUCUAAUGAAACGUUGUUGCACAUUGCAGCUGCCCACGGACACGUUAGGAUCAUUGAAUAUUUAUUGAAUAAAGGAGCAAAGCUGGAGGCAAGGGAUAACAAAGGGCAAUCACCUCUUCACCGGGCUGCAGAAAAAGGGCACACAGCGGCGGCCAAGGUCCUUCUUCAAGCCGGAGCGCACAUUUAUGCUUUGGAUACAGAAUCUAGAACUCCACUGCACGUAGCUUCCCAGAACAACUUUUUCCCUAUAGUGAAGCUGAUGGUGAAAGAAGAAGCUAGAAAUGAUAAGAGGAAGAAAUCAUUUUUACACAUGGCUGCUCUCAGAGAUGAAAGUAAAAUAGCAGAGAGUCUUCUCAAAUGUGGAGCUGUUGCAGACAUCAAGGAUGAGAAGAACAGGACCCCACUAAUUCACGCCAUUUCCCUGGGAAACCUCAAUACUGUGAAGGUACUGCUGGAGGCCGGAGCCAAGGUUGAUGUUGAUAUGAUUGAUGCAGCAUUAAAUGGUAAUAACCAAUCCUUGAUUAAACUGAUCUUGGAGUAUGCCACUGGAAUUAGCCCAACUGUCCUAGUCAAUGCACUUUUUAAAGCAGUUCAGAAAAAUCAACACAGAACUGUGGGUAUUCUAAUUGAAAAGGGCACUGAUACCAACACCAGAAAUGAAAUGCAAUACACCCCUUUGCUGUUGGCAGCUGAACUUGGGCAUGCAGAAUCUGUCAAAGUCCUGAUAACUAAAGGAGCUCAUUUAACUGACAGGACACCAAAUAUGAACAGUGCACUGCACCUUGCAGCCCAGACUGGUUCCCUUUCUGUUGCAAAGCUGCUGAUUGAUGAGGGGAUGGAUGUAAAUAUUAUUGGUUGUGGUGAUCAAACACCUCUGCACAUUGCAUCAUUUCAUAACCAGCCAUCAAUAAUAGAAGCUUUAAUAAGAGCAGGUUCAAAGGUCAAUGCCGUCACUAAAGAAGGAAUUACACCCUUGCACAUCGCUUCACAAAGAGGUAACCGAGAAACAGUAGAGUGUCUCCUUCAGAAUAAAGCAGGCGUGAAUGCUAAAGACAGAUUGAUGAGAACACCCUUGCACAUGGCAGCUGUAGUUGGAGAUGCCUCCAUCGCAGAACUACUUCUGUCAAGCCAAGCUGAUCCUAAUGCAGUAAAUAAAGAGAAAAAAACCCCACUCCAUUUGGCUGCUAAUGAAGGCCAUUUGGACUUUGUAUCAAUGAUGUUAAGCAGAAGGGCCAGGUUUGCUGCAAAGGAUAUGGAUGGGAAUACUCCAAUGCAUUAUGCAGCCAGCAGAAGUCAUAGCAUUGUCGUCAAAGCACUUUUAUUGGCCGGGAAAAAUAAAAACAUUGACGAUAAGAAUAUUUGGCGCAAAACACCCUUACAUCUUGCAGCAGAGCAUGGUCAUGAGGGCCUGGUAGAAUUAUUGUUAGUCAGUGGAUCUUCCAUUAAUGCCUUAGACAAUGCCAAAGACACACCACUGCAUUGUGCUUGCAAAUCAGGCAACAUCAAUACUGCCCAGAAAUUAAUCAACUGGUCUGAUGGUGAAAAACCCAAGUUUCACUCUACAAAUAGCUUAAACAAGACCCCUCUUCAAGUUGCAGAAAGCGGAGACACAGAUAACCACCAACAGAUAGCAAUAUUACUGAGAAAAAAAAUGAUGUUAACUAGAUAA